AUGCUCAGUUCCAGGUUUCAUUACCAGCACGCUGGUACGCUGGACCGGGUUGAGAGGACGCUCGACUCGUCCAACUCCUGGAAACCUGUUGAAAAGAACCCCGUCGUCGCCGGCCCGGAAAAACUGGCAGAGGGAAUGGUGGCAUGCCUUCAAUACACGGGCAAACCUGUGGCAAAGCAUGACAGGCCUGUGGCGGCAAAGAAGCUCAGUCCCGCAGUCGGCGUCAAAGCCACCCGUCACUGGCCUGGUUCCAACCCGUAG